UUAAAAAAUCAUUCAAAAAUACAAAAUGCAUUCGGUCACAUUUUUAAUCUACUAUUGCUUCGUCAUAUUUGAGCUCCAAUUGUUUGUAGUAGUUUCUCCCAAAGUGCCAAAACUGCCCAAAAUACGGUGUCAACCUGACGGAGAGUGUUUCUGUCCUGAAGAACCCCUCACAGAAAAGUACUCCGACCCAGACGAUACCACAUGUCAACAUUACUAUCUUUGUCAUUUGAAUCGAGCAUAUAAAAAAGUUUGUGAUGUGAGGACCGCUUUCCAUCCAGAAAAGGGGGACUGCAUUCCUCGUCAACAAAUUCCUGAAAAGUAUUGCAAGUUUCCCGUGAGGUGCCCAUUAUUCCACAAUAUUUACGUUGAAGAUCCACACGACUGUUCGAAAUACUAUCUCUGCUUCUACCAACGCCCUUCGCAUUACAGUUGCCCAGCGAACAACUAUUUCGACCCUGAACACCAGAAAUGUGUUCAUGACGCCUAUCAAGCUGAAGCUUGCGAAGAAUUGGCCAAACUUGAAAAGGCCGAACGGCUCCGCAUCGAAACGGACCCCAAGAUUAGUUCGAGCGCUUUGCAGAAAGCAAGACUCAACGCUGGGUCGUUAGUCACAGACAAAACAAAGAUUGUUCCCGAGCCUAAAACUGAUUUUAUGAGGAAGUUGAGCCCCAUCGGCAUGGCUGUGAAAGGAGGAAGCAAAAAUUUAUUUAGCCUCCACUAAUUUAUAUUCCGUCAAUUUUUAUUUAAGACAAUAUUUUUUAUACAUAAAUGUAAACGUUCAACAAAAUAAUGUAAAGAAAUAAAAAUAAAUCUAAAUUAAUAAAGAAAUCUACUCAAAUAUGUAUGUGUUAAUAAAUAAUUAGUAUUUGUACUGUUUUUAACCUACCAAUAUAAUAAAUACCCAACAUUUUAUAUUUCUAACA